ACGAGGCGUAUACGUAUUCUAUUUGUUUCUAAAAUAUUAAAUUUUUAUUAUCUGCAAUGGCGGCUAGCAAAGUUCCCGAGUGGUUCAGUGAGGAACUCUUUGAAGAUGUUCUAAAAUCGAGUGUGGAGGGAUAUACGAAAGUCAGAAGUUUUAAGGCGGAAAGUGGAACCGCGGCUGGAGACAACUACGCAACAAUUAUGCUUAGAGUUCGUAUCGAAGUGGAGCUGCAAAAUGGCACCACCAAACAGGUGUCUUACAUGGUUAAGCUGCCCCAUCAGCUGGAAAUCUACGACGAAAUGAUGAAGCAUACUGACUUCUUCGCAAGCGAGAGCGCAAUGUACAAGGAUGUGGUUCCCGAAAUGGAGGAUCUUUACAAGGCGGCGGGUUUGAAUGUCACCUUCGGAGCCAAAAGCUACGAUCUGAAGAAUGCCAAGACAAAGUACGUAGCGUUAGAGGAUCUAUGCAGCAAGGGGUUCAAGAACGCCGACCGCCUAGAGGGACUCGAUCAGGAGCACACAGAGAGAGUUCUUCGAAAGUUGGCCCAGUGGCAUGCUGCAACUGCCGUGCGAAUAUCCACAAAGGGACAAUAUCCGGAAAUCCUGCUGAAAGGGUUUUUCAAGGAGGAAAACAAGCCAAUGAUGCACCAAAUGAUGAACGGCAUGGGUCAGAUAUUCCUAAAGUGCUGCCACACCUACGAGGGUAACAAGGAUUACAUCGACAAAAUCGUAGCUCUAAAGCCUGUAGUGAUCGAUGAGAUGUUUAAACUGGGCGAAGUGGAUCCAAACGACUUCAACGUGCUAAACCACGGCGAUUGCUGGGCGAAUAACAUUAUGUUCCAGUACGAUGAAUCUGGAAAAAUCAAGGAGGUGUAUAUGGUCGACUAUCAGGUCACAAAGUACGGAAGUGUUGCCCAGGACUUGCUGUACUUUCUGAUAUCCUCCACCAAGUUGGAAGAUAAGUUGAGCAAAUUCGACUACUAUAUUAAGGUGUACCAUGACAGUCUGGUGGAACACCUGAAGAUCCUGAAAUACUCAAAGAAAAUUCCAAGCCUGCGUGAAAUGCAUCAAGUGAUGUUCAAGUACGGACUCUUUGCAUACUCUGUAGCCACCGGUGUCAUGGCGGCCGUAUUAGUAGAUCCCACGGAAAGUGCCAGUUUUGAGAACUUUGUAGGUGACUCCGCCGAAGGAGUGGACUUCCAAAUGCAAAUGUACAACAAUGCCCGCUACCGAAAACACAUCCAGGUGAUUCUGCCCUGGCUGCUUAAUCGUGGUGCCCUGGACAUAAAUUAGGACUACAUGAUCAUUUAAUCAGAUCAAAAUUCAGCGUCGACAUUCCGGCACAAGAUAAUAAAAAAUACCAGGGACAUUGGCUUUGGCUAUGAGUAAAGUAUUAUUUAAGUAUUUAAAAAAAAAUAAAAUAGAUAAAUAAUAAAAUUACUACAAAUUUGAAA